AUGAAGUGGGGGGGCGAAGCGCUAGUCCGAGGCGCGACAGCGCAGUUUGCUGGAGUGGGACGCCUACGCCGUGCCUUGGUACUACUGGCAGCUGCAGCCUGCACAGCUGCUGCGCUGCUGUAUUGGAGACAACAGAGCGGUGACCGCGCCCACAGACCAAUACACGCACUUUAUACAGAGGUGGAGCCACAAUGGUCAUGGGUCUGUCGAAACUACCGCUGCGAACGGCUGCUAGCAUCAGAAAUGACAACCUUGCAGUCGCUUCAAACGUGCAACAUGCUAUGCGAUUCAACGCAGCUAUGGCCCCAACCCACGGGUCCCGUCAGUCUCGCCACCGCCGUCGUACCGGUGGUUAUAGACGGCUUUAGUUUAAAAAUUGUCUCCUCACCAUCUAAAGAAGUCAGUGAUCUACUAUCAGAGGCUUUUGAAAUGAUGAAAGACGACAUAAAUAUGCAGGAAGAAGAUGACGACAUUCGACAAAUCAGCUACGGCUCUCCACGGCCUGUUGUCGUACGUGUUGCUAUCAACGGAAGCGCAGAUCCGCGCAUGAGGCUCGACACCGACGAGAGCUACAAACUGUUCUUGAGACCUGUAAAGAAAUCGCUAGUCGUCGAUAUCACAGCGCAGUCGUUUUGUGGUGCAAGACAUGGUUUUGAGACUCUAUCGCAGAUAGUAUGGCGAGACCCUUACGCUGGAACAUUACUUAUAUUAGAAGCAGCGACCGUCGUAGACUCACCGCACUACUCGUACCGCGGUCUCCUACUAGAUACGGCACGAAACUUCUUUCCUACAAAAGCGAUAAUACGUACAAUAGACGCGAUGGCAGCUUGUAAGAUGAACACGUUUCACUGGCACGUUAGUGACUCUCAAUCCUUCCCUUUGCGACUUGAUAGCGCCCCUCAAUUGGCACAACACGGUGCUUACGGCCCUGAUGCCGUGUAUACAACCCAAGACGUGAAAACGAUCGUACGCCACGCAAAACUACGCGGCAUCCGCGUUCUUUUAGAGGUAGAUGCACCUGCGCACGUAGGACGUGCCUGGGGCUGGGGGCCCGCCGAAGGACUAGGCCAUUUGGCGCACUGCAUCGAAGCAGAACCGUGGAGUGCAUACUGCGGAGAGCCUCCUUGCGGUCAACUGAACCCACGCAAUCCUCACGUAUACGAGCUAUUGGAGCGUAUCUACAGGGAAAUCAUAGAGUUAACGGAAGUCGAUGAUCUGUUCCACCUCGGUGGAGAUGAAGUGUCAGAAAGAUGUUGGGUGCAGCACUUUAACGACACGGACCCGAUGGAUUUAUGGUUAGAGUUUACUCGGGGCGCUAUUAAGUCACUGGAGCGCGCUAAUCGCGGUAAGCUACCCGAUAUAUCGCUGCUGUGGUCGUCGAGACUAACGCGGUCGCCGUAUUUGGAACGGCUAGAUCCCAACACCAUCGGCGUGCAUGUCUGGGGCUCCUCGCGCUGGACUGAAUCACGAGCAGUGCUAGACUCCGGCUUCCGGGCAGUCCUCUCACAUGUGGAUGCGUGGUACCUCGACUGUGGAUUUGGCUCGUGGCGUGACAGCUCCGACGGCCAUUGCGGCCCGUACAGGUCUUGGCAGCAAAUGUAUGAGCACCGGCCUUGGACAGAGGAAAGCGCAGCCUUAGUACCGGGUAUCGGGAACGCAGCGGCGUGGCACGUAAUGGGCGGCUCGGCGUGCCAAUGGACGGAGCAGCUGGGCCCCGGUGGCUUGGACGCGCGGGUGUGGCCGCGCUCGGCGGCCGUGGCAGAGCGCCUGUGGUCGGACCGCGUGGAGGGCGCCACGGCCGACGUGUACCUGCGCCUCGACACGCAACGCGCGCGCCUUGUGCGGCGCGGGGUCCACGCCGCGCCACUGUGGCCGCGCUGGUGCGAGCACAACCCCAACGCAUGUCUUUAG